UAUACAAGAUGCUACUCAAGGGAUCUAUGUGUCCACAGUAAUGACAAUCAUAUAUCAGACAAAUUGAGUUGGGAUAUUCAUUUCAAAAGCUUCAAAUCAGACGAUGGAACGUCGUCAUUAUCAGCAUGCACUGGUUUCAAGGAAUUCCUUUUUGUGUCACAAAAGCGUUACCAUGGUUACUGUAUUUAUCAUCAUAUCAGUUAAUCUGAGACAAACUGUUGUCGGUGAUGAGGUAUUCCGUCUCGGGAACGAUGCAACCAUCAAAUUUUCGUAUUUAUUUACUGAUGAUUAUAAACACAGUUGGGAGAUCUUUAGAGUGGGCAUCAGUGAUCCGUUUAAUACAAAUGGAACCAUGAAACCAGAUGCUCUGAAUCCCUCGCAAAGAGAGCGAUUUAAUGUCAGUGCUAUGUGGGGGACAGAUUAUUUGAGUGUUCAUCUGCAUAUUCGCAACAUCACGAAAUUAGACAGAGAUGUAUAUGUAUGGGCUGUGAAGAGCCAUGGGGCUGGAGGCAAACCCUCGGUCUCAACAUUUGAUGUAUUUGUAGAUGUUAUAGUACCACCGGGAAAAGCACGAUGUUUAAUUCGUAAAUCAGUUUAUUCAUCUAACUUGCGUGAAGUUCAUUGCGUCGCAACAGUAGAAAGUGAUAGAUAUGAUGGAGGGGUACAGCUCGUCUGUUUCCAGAAUAGCGAGAAAGCAACAUUUCAGAGUGCACCUACAGAAACAGCAACCCAUGUGAAGGGUGUAUUUUGGAUGAAUGCAAAGUAUGCUAUCAGGUGCUGUUCGCAUGAAGGUAACUUUGUGAAGGUUCCAGGAGAUUGCAAUGACUUUCUACAAGACGCCCUCAUUGAACCUGAUGUUAAACGAUCGACGACAAGGGUACCACUCUCAACAACUUUCAACUUUUGGAAUGUCUUUAGAAGAGACGACAAGGCAUCAUCUGAUUCCUGGACCAUUACAACAAGUUAUAAAGAUUGA